UGUGUUUGUAGAUGAUCUUGAUUCCAGAUGUGUUUCUUUAGAAGUGUUUUAUGAGAAUAUUAGCUGAUCUGUGUGUAAAGCGCAAGUUCUUGGAUCUGUAUCUUUGCUGCUGAUGUUGUGUGAACGCGAUCGUCGCUCGGUUUGAUUUGAUCAAAAAGUUGAAAGCAACAGAUCGACGGACCGCGGCGCUGAAAACUGAAACGCGGAUUCUGAACGGGUUUGCGAUCUGAUGGAGUAUUAAACACAUUCAUAAAAGAGACCGUUUUUGCAGCUGUGUGAAGGCAACGGAGCUGGAAAAUCAGCCCGAGACCGAUGCACAGAAGCGAGGCUGAUAUCCCGUUAUAUUCUGUUCCGGUCUGAAGAGCCUGUGCUUCGGUCAUGUGUUCACUGAAAGCUCUUCAGGACUGGUGUCGAGAUGUUUGUGAAGGUUACUCUGAUGUUCUGGUCACAGACAUGAGCUCUUCAUUCACAGAUGGACUGGCUUUCUGUGCGAUCAUCCACAGACACAGACCCGAUCUACUAGAUUUUCACUCACUGUCCAAACACAAUGUCUACGAGAACAUGCGUCUGGCGUUUGACGUUGCGGAGCGUGAGCUGGGAAUUCCUGCUCUUUUGGAUCCGGAUGAGCUGGUGUCUGUGGAGGAGCCGGAUCAUCUGUCCAUCAUCACUUACGUCUCUCAGCUCUACUGUUUCUUCAGAGGAAACUCUCACGUCAGUCAGAAGAUUCCUGUGAACAAUGAAUCCAGCAGCACCAAAACACAAGACCAGACACAGACUCGGUUCUCAUCAGAUGUGAUCAGGUCUUCCGAUAAGCGAGUCUGUAGUGUCUGUCACACAUGUGUUCAUCUCAUUCAGAGGGUUUUGGUGAAGGGAUGCCUGUAUCACCGCUCCUGCUUCAGAUGCAGUCGCUGUCGUCGCACUCUGCUGCCGAUCUCUUUCACAGUGGACAGUGAGACGGGUUCACUGCAGUGCAGUUAUCCCUGCAAACCUGCUUCUGAACACGACCGGACCGCAGAUCACUCACAGAACGACACCAGUGAGACGGAUGGAGACAGGAGAGAGACCGAUGGAGACGUGGUGAAUGAUGGACAUCUCGCCACCUCAUCAGAGACUGAUCUACAAGAACCUCCCAAACCUGCUCCCAGAAAGAGGGCAGAGCCUCAGGAACCUCCUCGCCCCACCCCCAGAUCACCGGAUCAUCGCCCUGACAACAUCUCGUCUCAGAGCACCGUUCGUAAGGAACAUCCCUGGAUGAAGCUGGUUGAUCCGGGUCCCUGGUUUCGUCUUCCUCCAGCUCCAGCUCCAUCCGUUCAUUCACACCGCCAGGCCUCAACCUUUAACCCCUUCCUGGAGGAAGAUAAGGACGAGUCCAAUGAUGAAGAGACAAACCCUUUCAGUUGCGAAACUUCAUUUGCACACAAACCCCAAACCUCAUCCUCCGUUCCCAGCAUGCACCAGGCUGCAGCUCCUGUUCAUGGUUUCAAGAGGAAGGUGAUCACACACACACGCGUGUCAGAGAAGCAGGUGUGUGAGGAGCAGAAGAAGCUGGAGGAGCGUCUGCUGGAGCUGGAGAAGAGAGGAGUGCAGCUGGAGAGAGAGAUGAGGAGAUGCAUCAGCGAGAAUCUUCUAGUCGACUGGUUCCUUCUGAUUCAUGAGAAGAGCAUGUUGGUGCGCAGAGACACAGAGCUGGUGUAUACGGUGAAGCAGCAGCGUCUGGAGGAUCAACAGGUUGAUGUGGACUCUGAGAUCAGACGCCUCUUCAACAAGCCAGAGCAGGACUGGAGCUCAGACGACAGACAACAGGAGCAUCAGCUGAUGUCACGCCUGCUGUCAAUCAUCCAGCAGAGGAAUGACAUCAUCAGCAGCCUGGAUCAGGACAGGAAGAGGGAGGAGGAGGAGGACGAGAUGCUGACGGCUGUGAUCCAGAGGAUGGAGCUCCUGACACAGCCGGACAAACAUCCUGACAAAUGCAGCAGGUUUAAACGUCUUCAGAUGUUCAAGAAAUCCAGCCGUAAGACUGAAAACACCAGCAGAAGAAAGAAGAAAAACAGCUGAAGAACAGAAAGAGACUUAAUAUGCUUAUUCAGAGAAAUGUACAGUAACGGUAAAAACACCCUUCAGGUCAAACUGAACUGUUUCUACCCCUUCUGUUUAUUUUUACACUUGUAUAUCUGUAUUUUUAAUUAUUUUUAUAAUUAUUAUUAUAUGACACACUUUUAUAAUUAACCAGGAAAGUUUCUUCUUUUUAAAACUAGGAUAUUUGUGCGAGAGGAUUUGGAAAAUGUUCCAUUAACGUUUCCUCAACAUAUAGGUUCUGUGAACGUCUCUGCUACUCAAGCCAAUUUAUAUUUAUUUGAAAUAAAAAUUCAUA